AGGAGGAGCAGGCCUGGGUGCGCAUGGAGGGGCUGGAGCUGGCCAUGGCCCUGGAGCAGCUCCAGAGCGAGGGCCUUGAGGUGCUGCAGACCCAAGGCCAGGCCCCCGGCCUCAACAUGGCCCGUCGUUCCCAGAGCUCCUCCCAGGGAGACAACCCCCUGGCACCAGGGUACCUGCCACCGCACUACAAAGAGUACUACCGCCUGGCAGUGGACGCGCUGGCGGAGGGCGGGCCCGAGGCCUACAGCCACUUCCUGGCGUCCGAGGGGGCCCCCGCCUUCCUGUGUCCUGAGGAACUGGACCACGUGAGCCGCCACCUGCGGCCCCCACAGUAUGUUUCCCCGGAGCCCCCCGAAGGCAGCCCUCCCAACGUGGACAUGGACGGCUCCUCGGGCACCUACUGGCCCAUGAACUCAGACCAGGCGGUGCCUGAGCUGGACCUGGGCUGGCCCCUGACCUUCGGCUUCCAGGGCACGGAGGUCACCACACUGGUGCAGCCACCGCCCCCCGACAGCCCCAGCAUCAAGGAUGAGGCUCGGAGGAUGAUCCGCUCUGCCCAGCAGGUGGUGGCCGUGGUGAUGGACAUGUUCACCGACGUGGACCUCCUCAGCGAAGUGCUGGAGGCCGCCGCGCGCCGCGUCCCCGUCUACAUUCUCCUGGACGAGAUGAACGCGCAGCACUUUCUGGACACCGCGGACAAGUGCCGCGUCAACCUGCACAACGUGGACUUCCUGCGGGUGCGCACUGUGGCCGGCCCCACCUACUACUGCCGCACGGGCAAGUCCUUCAAGGGCCACGUGAAGGAGAAGUUCCUCCUGGUGGAUUGCGCCGUGGUGAUGAGCGGGAGCUACAGCUUCAUGUGGUCCUUCGAGAAGAUCCACCGCAGCCUGGCGCACGUGUUCCAGGGGGAGCUGGUCUCCAGUUUCGACGAGGAGUUCCGCAUCCUCUUCGCACAGUCUGAGCCACUGGUGCCCUCGGCCGGGGCGCUGGCCCGCAUGGACGCUUACGCCCUGGCUCCGUACUCCGGGGCCGGGCCCCUGAUGGCCAGUCAGAUGCCCGGGGCGCCAACUCCUUUCUCCUUCCCCAAACGAGCGCACCUCCUGUUCCCACCGGCCCGGGAUGAGGGCCUCGGCUUCCCCUCCUUCCUCGACCCUGACCGCCACUUCCUGUCGGCCUUCCGCCGGGAGGAGCCCCGCUUCGAGGUUUUCUGCAAGAAGGAGGAGGCCGGCGGAGGCGCAGGGGAGGGCCCGGCCGAGGACGACGCCCGGGACAGCAAGGUGGGCAAGUUCAUGCCCAAGAUCCUGAGUACGUUCAAGAGCAAGAAGUGA